CUUUCGAAGUUUUGCCGUGCCGCCUGCCUCCUACAAACUCGCUCCUCUUGCUUCCCUCCCUUCCGUUUCGUUUCUCUCUUUUUCUAUAUUCCUCAAACUUCAGCGUCGCAGAUUUUGGUUGCUUAUUUGCACUGAUUCUCUUCCUUACUAAUCGAAUAUGAUUAGAGGAGGUAAAAGCUAUGUGUCUGCACCUCCUGCCUUCUCCAAUGAUGCCAAGAGGCUUCUGGUUUGUACAGGCAACACCGUCUCAGUCUUCAGCACCUCCACGGGUUUACAGGUAUCGGCAUUGGAAGGACAUACGGCUCUUGUUACGUCGGUGAUAGUGGAGCCAGCUUUGGGCCAUGAUAAAAAGAUUUUAUGCUACUGCUGGACUGCUUCACUUGACGGUACCAUUCGGAAAUGGGACUUUUCAACACCAGAAUUACUGCAGACAGUUGAUAUUCAGCUACCAGUUUACUCCAUGGUGAUACCUUCAUAUUUAUUAAGUCAGCCAGAAGAGAACAAUGCAAAGGCACUUGAUACUUUUGCUUAUGUGUCCGUUGAAGAUAAAAAGGCAGCAGACAACCGGUCCAAAGCUCCGUGUGGACGGAUCAGGAAGUGUAAUUUGACAAAGUCCCAGAUGAGCAAACUAACUUUGAAAGAGACUAAAAGGCCAGAAUUGUUAAUCACUAGUCCUUCAGGAACAUUUUUGGGCAUUAAAAACAAGCGCAGGCUUCAUAUAUGGAAAGUUCCUACAGUGGACUCCAAUUCUGUCGCAUCAAAGAAUAUUACUCUGCAUCAUACAAAGACCUUGACAUGUCUUGCAUUCCACCCAAUAGAGAGAAUUGUAGCUGCAGGUGAUGAAUCUGGAAGAAUUUUAAUUUGGAGAGGAUUUGGUGUGCAUAAAUUUUUGGUUAGUAGUGGAAUAAUGAAUAGAAGAUCAGUGGAUGAUGAGGAAGAAAAACCUGGGGUCAGGGACAAUGAUGAUGCUGAAUCAUGUUCUACUUGGCAUUGGCACCCUUCAGGAGUGAUGUUCCUCUCUUUUUCUUCAGAUGGAGCUUAUUUGUAUUCAGGUGGGAAGGAAGGAGUCCUUGUGGUGUGGCAGUUGGACACAGGAAAGAAGAAAUUCUUACCAAGAAUUGGAUCUCCACUUCUGUAUUUCAUAGAUUCUCCAGAUCCUUCACUUUCCUCUAUAUCAUGUGCAGAUAAUCAGAUUCAUAUCCUGAAGAUGCCUUCCAUGGAAAUAUUGAGGUCAAUUUCAGGGAUUAAGCCCCCUUUAUCUUCUAAAGACAUAUGUGGAGGUCUUACUGGCAGGCCUGCCUUUGACUGCAAUUCUGGGUUAGUUGCUGUACAAACAGAUAACUACACCAUCCAAUUCUACAGCUUGUUUGCUGAUCGUGGACUUUAUGAGGUUCAAGUCUGUGAAAGAAACCAUCAGCCAGGUGAUGAAGUCACGGUGGUAGUGACCUUGGUGGAGCUCUGUCUUGAUGGUUCUAUAAUGGGAACUGUUGAAGUUAAGCUCCCUGAAGAAGAUAUAGGAGGUCUAAUUUGUUUGAAGUUUUGGGAAUUGGAUUCAGAUGACAAAAGAUUUUCUGUGUCCACCCUUAUUUAUGAACCUCACAGGGAUGCUCAAGUAUCUGCUAUUGCUUUCCAUCCUACUCGUCACAUGGCUGUCAGCUCAUCUUAUGGAGGGGAUUUCAAGAUAUGGGUUAGCACGGAUGAAAUCAAGCGGAAAGGCCAAAUGAGCCCAAACUCUGGUUGGAUGUGCCAUGCAGUUGGGUCAUAUAAGGAUAAACCAAUGACAGCAGCUGCAUUUUCAGCUGAUGGCUCCGUUCUGGCAGUCGCUGCAGAAACUGUUAUUACAUUGUGGGACCCUGAUAGAAAUGUACUUGUGGCAGUUGUAGGACAAUCUCAAAUGCCAAUUGUGAGCCUUACCUUUGGUGGAAAUUCAGAUUGUCUUUUGUAUGCGUCUCAUGGUUCAAAACCACAGCUAGCUGUUUUGAGUAUGUCAAAGUUAGCUGAAUGUUGGUCAUACUGGCUUCAAGUAGAAGCUGUAUCGUAUGCAAAUGAUUUAUCAGUUUUUGCCAUUCUAGCUCUCCUUCCUGAAUCAAAUGAAAGAACAUUUGGAGGAGAUGGGAUAAUAUUGCUAUUCAAUGCUACAGAUCCUAUUCCUGUGACCUCUUUGUCUGUAACAAAGGCCAAGGGAGGGAGGAUUGCUUUUAUCAAAGGAGAUCCGUCUUCCUUGGAACUAGAGGCACUUGAUGGAAAUCCAUUGCAGACACUGCUUGCCUAUAUAAACGGAGAUCAUGAAUAUGUCGUCUUUGAUCCAUAUGGCAAAGAAAUUCGUGGGUUGAGCAUAACUAGACGGGAUGACCCUUCACUUGAAGAAACAGGACAAUAUGGAUAUGCAUCUCUGUAUGGGAAGUUACCAGAGUUUAACUUGAAAAAGAACAGCAUUUCAUUGAUUUCUUCUGCUCCAUCUGAGAAGCCAUGGGGCGCCAUAUUUCCCUAUUCAACACACACACUUCCGCAGCUCGACAAAUUGUGUUGUGAGUUUUUGGAGUCCCUUACGGAGAAAAGGACGGCAACUGCAGAAUAAAAUAAUCCGAGGAACUAGGUCUCAAUGAUAAGAACAAGAUAUCAUACGUGUCAUUUUUGUGGGAUACCAUCACCUCCCACCGAUAGAGCUUUAAGGGACGGGACUAUGGGAUGCUUGUGGUCUAUAAUCAGUUUUUGUGUGCAAUAUUUGUGCUGGGUUUGGGAUGACAGGAGAAGAAGAGCCCCUUAUAAAAGAUCCGAGAUUUGUGCUGAGGAAUGCUGGCCUGCAUUUGCUUCUUAGUCCGGCAUUAACAAUUUUGUAGAAUCACAUGAUUUUCAGAGAAGUUCUUGAAGUUGGCUGAUGUAGAUAUAAACAAAAUAGCAGAAGAGCAAGCUUCAUACUUAACCAGGAGUGAAUGGCUAGAUAGUUUAUUAGUAGAACUGUUUAGAGUAAUGACAGUUUAAUCUCAACCUCGAGAAGUUUUGCAGUUAGUGAAGAGCAUCUCAUAUUGCUGUCAUUGCAGCGUCAGUUCAUUCCUGAUUUCAUAUCAUGGAAUGGUCUUUAAAUCUCAAAUAUCAUAAAUUCUUUCCUGUGUUAGUUCUAACCAGGGUUGCUGGUUUUCUUAA